GAAACAACCUGACUGUUUGUUUAUGAUCUAAUGAACUAAUCUCAAUUAAUUAGUGGGCUGAAAAUUAUAAUGAGAUUUGAAUGAAUAAAAGGUAAAUAUCAUUGAUAAAACAUUCAUUUUAAUUGUUACUCUCCUGGUGAACAUUUCAAUUCCUUAAUUAUCUGAGUUUUUUUUUCGACAAUUGAACAAACGAUUUGAAAAUGAUUAACCUAAUGGGUAAAGUUGCUCUAAUUACUGGUUCGAGUGAUGGUAUUGGUGCUGCUACGGCCAUUCUGUUUUCGUCUCUUGGUGCUAAGGUCGCGAUCGUUGGUCGGACUCAAAGUAAAUUGGAUAAAGUUUCAAGUGAAUGUCAAUCUAAAUCUCCUAAUGGAUUAAAACCAAUUGUAAUCCAAGCAGAUUUCGAGAAUGAUGGAGAUGUAAAGAGGACUUUUGAUGAGACAAUUAAAGCUUAUAAUAAAUUAGAUAUUCUUGUGAACAAUGCUGGUGUUGCUCGAAAAAGUAAUUUUACUGAUGAUGAUGCUCUCGAAGAUUAUGAUCGAGUGAUGCAGAUCAAUGUCCGAUCAGUGGUUCUAUUGACUAAAUUAGCGAAAGAUCAUCUUACUCAAUCGAAAGGUGCUAUUAUCAAUGUCUCAAGUAUCGCCAGUAUUAGAAUGAGUGGUACUCAUUGGUCUUAUUGUAUGUCCAAAGCAACACUCGAUAUGUUCACGCGAUCAAUGGCAUCCUUACUUGGACCUGAAGUUCGGGUCAACUCGGUUAAUCCUGGUCCAGUUCGAAGCAACUUCUGGAAUGCUCAUGAAGAUCCAAAAUCUUUACUGGACCACAUGGAAACACAGACGCCCUUACAACGAGUCGGUGUUCCCGAUGACAUCGCUCAGUUGAUCGCUUUUCUGGCCUCCGAUGCUGCUAAAAACAUUACAGGUUCAAUUGUUGUCUCUGAUUCUGGUACUCUCAUAGCCAAUCCACACAAGUAAUCAUGAACAUUGGUGUUCAUCUAUUAUGCUAAAUCAAAAGAUUUUGAUAAUAAAUUGAUUUGUAUGAUUGAUUAUUUGUUCAAUAGAUUCUUAAUAUUUGUAUUUUAGUAUCAUUUGCUUAAUUAUGUAAGGCAUACUUAAUUAAACGUAAUAUCAUAUGAUUAA